CCCGUAGCGGAUUCACGCUGCCUUGUCAGUUGCUCGAAGACAUACGGAGUAACCCAGAGGAAAUACCUAUCGAAGCAUUCCCCCAUAACGUGACGCCAUUGAUGAACGAAGAGCAACUGUGGGGCUGCUUCUACAACUUCCCUGAGCUAUACGAGGACACGUACUCGCCGUCGGUGCACGUGCUCCGGCUGCGCGACGUGGCCGAGCUGGUCGGCGGGACCCUCACGAGGGACAUGGUCGCCGCCUGCCUCACCUACCUGGACCGUACUCCGAUACUGGGAGACUACGUUUAUAUCAAAUUGAACCUCACAGGAAAGCGAUUACAGAAUAUUGACGUACUGCAACAUUAUAAAUAUUUGGUGUACUUGGAUUUAUCGUCGAAUCUGGUGUCAAACCUAAGUGUUCUGUCGCACCUUCUCUACCUGCAAUAUCUGUCCGUGGAUUUCAACAGACUGGAAACCGUAUUGGAGUAUAGCACACCGCAAUGGUUUCUCACAGAAGUUCAUUAUAAAUACAACUCAGUGAAAAAGAUAAGAGACCUAGCUAUGUUUUGGUCGAUUACUAUUUUAGACUUGUCUCACAACAACAUCAAAAGUAUAAGCGGGCUGCAAAGUUUAAGAUAUCUUCGUCAUCUAGAUUUAUCGUUUAACCACAUCCAGCGCUUGGAAAACUUGAACCAUCUACGAUUAUUGUGGCUGGAUGUGUCUUACAACAACAUUUCGAGCUUCGAACUAGGAUCAGACGAGGGACUUUGGACGUUAUUGCAACUUGACUAUUUAAAUUUGAACGAAAAUAAUUUAAAGUCCAUGAAGAUAUUUUCCGGAUGUACGAGAGUACGCGAACUCCACGCCCGCAACAACAGGCUCGGCUCACUGCUUGAGCUAGCAGUUUACAUGCGCCAGCUGCGCCGGCUCACUGUGCUCGAUCUCCGUGCCAACCCCAUCUGCGACGUGCCCGGAUACGCGCACGUCGUCUGUGAUACCUUCCCGCUACUCCUCAACCUGGACGCUAAGGAUCUUGAUCCUGUCCGUCAAAGCAGAUUAAAAAUGGAUACGUGCCCGGACGUGACCACGUUUGCGUGUCGGCGCCUGCUGCGGAUGCUGUACGUGGAACAGUUGUCUCGCGCCCGCGUAUUCGUGACACCGCCCGCGGACACGGAAGAGGUUCCCCUCGUCGUGUUCGUUGGAGAAGAGGCCGUCGGCAAAGGCUCUCUGGCGCGCCGACUUGCUGCCGAAUGCGACUCGAAGAUAAAACUUGGCCGCCAGCACACAACAGCUGGUUUCCAUACCCCGGGCGACUACAUAGAAGUUUCUCGGCAAAAGUUCGAUGACAUGUUGCUCGCGGGCGAGUUCCUUACCUACAGUGAGAUGGACGGCGAAUCGUACGGACUGAGUCGCGAAGAGGCAUUCAUAUCAGACGGCAAGGUGCGUGUCUGCAGCAUGAAUCUCAUAAGUGCUUUGAUGCUGAAGCUACGAGGACGACGUCCAUAUUUGAUUCUGACCACAUGCCAUGACAAGAACGCAUUAGCUGCCAGACAAAUUCUACGCAAAGCAGUGCGCAACAGCGAAUACGAAAAGCGCACGUCAAACGAACCAAUCCCACAGCCUUCCACGCUCCAUGUGCUGCUUUCUGGACGCAUUAUCAUCAACGGCAUUCUUAAUGAGAUCAUAAUGAGUCUGCCAGAAGAGAAGUACAAGAGCGAGUUUGCAUUGGAUUCCGAAUGUUCGCUGCUUGUGGAGAGCAACCUGCGGCAAGGGAUGCGAACAUUCGUCAGAGGCCCCGACCUACUCACAAUACUCACCGAUUCAUCCAGCGAGACAUCUGUGUACCGCAGGAGGAGGGAGCGAAUGCACAGUCAGGAGAUGGACGCCAGCCUCUACUCUAUUUACAAGCGGUCACAGGAUUCCUCGGCGGCUAUGAACAUGUCGUGCGACGAACGAAAGAACGGUAGCAGAAAGAAAGAAACUGAUCAACCGAAAACAGCAUUUGGGCGCAGAAAAACCGAUCCUGGACCUGGUACUAGAUCAGGAUCAGGGAUAUAUUCUUGCUUAAGAAUGCCCUUCGGCUUAGCAUCAGCUCCAGAAGUCUUCCAGCAAGUUAUGAGCUCACUCUUAGCGGACCUGGAAAAUACAGAGGUGUCAAUGGAUGAUGUACUUCUACAUGCUCCCAGUAAAGACGAAUUAGAGAAGACUACACAGAGAGUACUAGAAAAGUUUAGGAACGCAGGUCUUAAACUUAAUAAGGAAAAGUGUGUGUUCAGUACACAAGAAGUCAAAUUUCUGGGCCACAUAGUAACCAGCGAAGGCUUAAAGCCUGAUCCGGAAAAAAUAGAAACCAUCACAAAAAUUAAGAGACCAGAAAACAAAACCACUUACCAGUGCACCACCAAGACUACAAAGAAUGUUAUACCAGAUUUUGCCAUAUAA